AUGGCAUUUUGUAACCUUCGAUGCAGAAGAUUAUUUAUAUAUUUACCAUUAAUGUUAGUGCUGUGUUCGAUGACGAGCGGACGAGAUCACAACAAUAGCCCUUCUCCAAGCGAGCAUAAGAGAACGGUGGCUUUAAACAAGGCAAGCGAGCGAUUUUUAGCUCUUAUAUUUGAGGAUUACUCGGAUAAUUCGACUCGACGAAUCUCCGCUUCACGGUUCAACGAUAUUUUAAAAGAACUGAAUCUGGGGGAGGUUACUUCGGCGGAACAAUCGACUGAAGACAAACCAAAUGAAUAUCACACACAUGAACAUAGACCUGUGAAACAACCGAGCUUGAGGAACUCGAGGAGGAAAGGCUUAUCGAACGAUGCACAAAAUUCACAGAAUUUCCAAGACAGAGAGCAGCGGAAAGUUCACGAAAACCGACAUGAGCAACGCAAGCAGCGGGUAAGUACAAAACAAUUUUAUUAUUCGUAUUGUUUAAUAUCUCUUCUAAUAUUAUCACUGUACUAUGACUACGGUUUCAUUAAAACCACAGGUAAAUUUUCUGGAUUCUGGUUCGUUUUUCGCCUUCUCAUAGAAGCGUGAACCCGAUAAAUAAAAACGUCCCGGUUUGGUCUUGCGGAGAUGUUGCUCCUGAUACCGGCUACCGUCAACUGCCUUUAUAGCGGACACUGUAGGGACCUCGAGUUAGUGACUUCCUUAGCGAGAGUCCGUAAUAGCGGGAGUUUAUUUCAGGCAAAUGUUUGUAAUUUAGUUUUUCCUGGGAUUUAGCUGCUGACCAUAUUAUUGGCGUGUCCGUUAUAGCGGGGUUUCCUCAAGGCGAGAGUUGAUUGUAUUACUUAUUGACCCGCAAUGUUUCUUGGCAAAAACCAUAAUAUUAUGGCUCUUGUUCUAAAAUGGAAGAAUCACCUUAAUGAAUUCAAAUACAGUGCGUUUAACCAACAACAGAAUGAUGGCAAGUGCAGCGAAAACGUCACUUUUUAAAUUCGCUUAUUUUCAAACUUUUUCGCGUUUAUUUCAACUCGCGAAAUGGCAAAUGUAAGUGAAUUUCCCUGAACUCAAAUUCUUGGGGACCAAACCCAAGAUGACGUGCAAGAUCAGCUUGCGAAUACAGCCGUCCCUCCUUGCUCCUCGUCUCUAACGGCGCGUUAAAAUUAGUAAAACUGCCAAGUUUGAAGUGAUUUAUUAAAAACUAACAAAGAUAGUGGUUUCUCAAAGUCGCGAAAUUUUACAGAGGUUUGUAUGGUGGGGGCACAAACUUGCAAAUUUCCGAUAGAGCCAUAAAUUGGCUAGCUUGAGAAGUAUUACUUUCAAAUUUGGCAAUUUUACAGGCGCUGUUGACGGACUUCCCCCCAACUGGUCCGUGUCAAAAGUUAAAAAAAACUGUGGAAGGAUCUAUUCAACCUGGUUCGUCAGUUCCGUGUGAACAGAGCGAAAAUAUUGAAGGGUUCCGUGUGAAAGAAGAGUCGAGUCAAAUUUUUUAGCCGGUCGAAAGCUCGUCCAGUGCCAUUUUAAUGCAGCCUAGGAAUAAGCACGGGUUUGUCAAAAGUUCACAGUCUUUAUUUCCUGUUAAAUCCCACUGAAAUAACGGACCACAGGACAACCAAGGACCUACAGAACAACUUUGAGUCAUUGCUCACUGUUAGGGUUCGCAACGAGAACACUAAAAGCGAGAGUGAAAGAGAACUUAGAUUCACUGUAGUUUUUUAAGUUUCCAAUAUCUCCUACUGUAGUUAUUAGUCUUAUGGCCAACGAACAGGCUCGCGAAGACACGAGACUGCGAGGCGGCAGCAUAAUAAAGCCGUACGCGGAAGUUCCAAGGCAGAAUGAAACUCGAAGCGAUGGAACAUAAAGUAGUGUAAGAUAACUCUGCAGAACAGAGAAUAUAAGAAAAAUAUGCCAUGUAAAGUCAGUGUUUCAAAUUCUUUAUGCAGUAGAACAGUUUAGUUCGAAUUGAGUUCAAAAAAUUUUACCCGAAUACACUUCCUGUUUAUGCCGCUAAGAAAAAAUAAUAACGCCGCAAAAUUUAUUGUGUCUUUGAAGCAAAAUAUUCGGAAGGCUUCAUCAGCGCACCAUUCUCUAUUUUCCAAUUCCCCAUAAUACACUCUGUUUGCCCCCCAAAUUUUGCAUAAACCAUUGUUUUUAAAUGCUCCUGGGAGUAUUGCAUUUUCCCAAGAGCAUUUUAAGACAAUAAGUUAUGCAAAAUUUGGGGGGCAGACAGAGUGUAUUAUGGGGAAUUGGAAAAUAGUCAAUAAAUCUUUUUUCCUGAAAAGUAGACUUCUUAAGCUUUAAAAGAGACCAAAUUUAAAUCUGUACGUACGUUGAAUAUUCGCAGACUUAUUAUUUUUCGAGGAUUCUAAGGUCGCUUGUAAGACAACUAAAUUUUACGCAAAAUGACCUGUGCGCAACUUCAGAUAAAAGCAUGAAUUUCAAUGGUUGUCUUUACACUAGGCCGUUAAGUAAGACUUAAGAGUUGCGAAGUUUUACUUAACCAAAGCUAUGUGUUUGAAGGCCUAAGUAACAUCUCAAGUUCAGUAUUUUGCUUUGCAUAUCAUUAAAGUCGAAAAGUGGAAACGAUUCAAGAAAGUUUCAAGUGACUUGAAAACCGAAAACCAUCCUUAAAACCGACUAGCGAACUUAGGGUUUCUUGAGCUUUGAGAAAGGCGAAGCGUAUCAAUAUAUCUUAAUUAUGUUGCGUGGGAAAAUUCAUAACAUUUCUAAACAAUUGAACAGCACACGCGUAUAGGUUAUUAAUAAACUGCUCGUUGGCACUUAGAAAAGCUAUAACUGGCACCAAAUAUGUCAUUUUGUUAAGUAAAGUUUAUCUUGGCUGCCAAACUUAUGCAUACACUCUCUUCACCCAGCUCUCUGGAAGUAGGUACUUAGUAGAAAAGUAGCCUUUUCAGCGUUACGGAAUGGGCUGCGUUUUUAGACUGCAAAACAGUCCGUAAUUUUGCAUAUUCAAGUACGCGCAAGCAGUCAAACAAAAGGUCUGGAACGAGGCUGAAAACAGAGAGCGAGACUGGGGAGAGACGUUUUUUUUUUUCUCUCGCCUCACACGCCCGUGGGUCUGGAGACUCUUACGCCACGCUUUACCAAUUUCUUUACUGAUUUUGAGAAAAAAACCGGCUGUUUUGCAGUCUACAGCGUUUUAAGCGUUUCAACGCAAAGCGUGAGUUCUUUAUUGAGAAAUUUGGGGUAAGAGUUCUUAAUGACUGUUUUGAUUCGUUCUAUCACAGUUCGUAGGGAAAAGGUCUGCUUGAGACCCUCGCUUGAGUGUGUUUUUGUUAAGGUGAAGCAGAAUGGGGGAUCAAUACUACGGUGAAAUAAAAGCCCAAUUAUCAGCAAAAAGAUUAUACAUUAAGAUUAAUGUCGAGCGAAGCGAACCGCCCGAGAAAAAAAGCCGGGGAGGGGUGGUCGGAGGUACUGGGUGCCCUUUCAAAUUGAUCUGUUGCUGUUAUAAGAAUGCUUCGAUUAACGGAUUUCCUCUUGCUAAAAACGAAUUGAUAUUAUCGCCAAAAGCGGAAUGCGGUGUGUUUUCCACUUUUCGUCAAAGAAACAGCCUGAAAUUUCUGCGCUUUUUUCUGGCUUUGUAAUCCCAGUAUGCCGAUUCCUUGCUCAAUGUGGUUAGUGGAUUGAAGGCGGGAUUGUUUAGGAUAUUAGCCAGGAUGUGCAGUGCUAAACCUUAUCUACCUCGUCAUCAAACACCCUUUAAUUUCACAAAACUUGAGAGAAAAUAGCCAUCCUCAACUCUGAAAUCUAGGAAAGCAUAUUCCCAUUACAAUUUGAUCAUGUGAUAUUAAUUGUGGAGUUUACCCUGUAAAGGCAAGGGGCAAUCGUUUUCAGUUUCUGUGGUCCCUCGGUCUUUGAGGACUAAUCUUUUUCUAAAAAAGCUCUCUGGAAAGUUUUUUGAAACAUGACAGGUUUAGGACUCCGGUCGGCCUAAGCUUCACGGAAAGUUAUUCUGCCAUAAAUUAAGAAUUGUAUUGAUUUAGUCUAAUUUUAUAACUUGAAAGGACCAGAGUCUUUUGUCUGCGCAGAACUGAAACUCGAGGAGUCAAACGAGCAAUUACAGUACUUGCACUUGAGUUUUAGUAUAUUUCUAAGGGAUUUCGCAAGUUUGGAUUAGUUUUAUAUUGAAAGUUGUACGAUCUCUUACGAACAUGCUUGGUUUGGUUUAACAAGAAUCUAAUAGUAUGACUUUGAUCAAUGGUAUCUCAUCAAUCCGUGGACUGUAGACUUCCGGCAACUUUGCAGUCUGACUUUAGAGUUAGACCCGAACUUUAUUUCCUUGUUAUAAAACCGCACUACCCCCCUCCCCCCCGCGAAGUUCAGUUGCAAACCUUUCACGUCCAACAGCGAGAAUAUUUUUCAGGGGAAUAAUUAGAGAAUAUUUUAAUAGCAAUAACAACAACAAUCUUUAUUUUUACUCACUCUUACUCAAAAAUAAAUUACAACAAUGAAAAUAUUAAAAGUAAAAAUCAGAGUACUGGCUGCCUGGAAUAACCAUGGGGGCUAGCGGAGCCAGGCAGCCAGUUGACAUCAGUAUUAAAUAAAAUUAAAUUACAGGUCAGCAAGAAAACCGAAGCACAAUGCACACAUAAAAAGCGCGCAUAAGAAGAAAAAGAAUAAAAAAGGGAGAAGAGGAAAAACGCUAUUUCCACGCUAUGAAGGAAGCCUAAAAUAGUUAAAUUUAUAAAUGAAUACAAAACAUUAUAUAAGAAAAACUUGAAAAGGUGAAUCAGCGCAGAAUCAUCGCGGGGCUUCGCAUUUGUUCCUGCUUUUUGAUAGCCAUGCGUAUUUUGGGUCGCGAAACCUUGUUCGUGUUCGUAUUGUUGUAGCCGCCAUCUUUGAUUAAUGACAGAUGAAGAUUGGGGAUGAUGGUAGAAAUAGUAACCCUUAGGGUAGGUGCAAGGAAGGUCAUUUCCUCCCCUCCUCUCUUCGGGAGUUUCAACAUGGCGCAUUCGCGUGCCCGAAGAAAAGGCCUGCACUGCAGGCUAGCUUUUUGAAGGGGAUUAAAGUUACUCAGGAACAUCCCGUUAAGACUAAGCGAUUUCUGUCCUAUUUGUUUUUAACUUAUGCUGAUUUUAGCUUGCAAAUACAGGAAAAAUACCGGCAUUUGAGAUGACAACUAAAAUUUUGGACCAAUUUUAUUUUGUUUAGGUCCCAUUAUGGAUACAUAGAUGAGUUGGUAUAUUUAUAAAAGCUAAUUGUUGUGAUCUUGUGUUAAAGUGAAUCCAUCGUUUACAAGACCGAACGUUAGCUAAGCUUAAACUUACGUGUAUAUAACUAUACAGAGCACAUGCAAGAACAAGUUCUCUGCUGAUUAUUCAAUCAUUUAUAACUUUUGGACUGCAUUCAAAUUGACGAGUUGUUUCAUUGCACGAAAACCUUUCGUCACCUGAGUUUCUUUUUUUACAUACCGACCUGAAGGGAACCGUUAUUUAACAAUUUUUCUGUGAAUUGUUUUUAGGAUGGUACAUGCAUUAACAUUUUCCCGCCAGCUUUUUUGAUGUCAUAUAUGUAAACAUCAGUAAUAAAUAACGACAGCUUGGUGUUUUUUAAAUUGUCAGGUCACAAGUUUUCUUUCAUAUUACGCAAUGGAACAAAUGUUUUGUAAUGAAUUAUUGAAUAGUCGAAUGUUAGCAUUUUCACAGAGUUGACGUUUGGAAAGCCACUGUGUACAACAGCUAUUUUUAUCCAAGAGCUUCAUUGUCAACAGGUAUUAUAGUUUAUUGAACUAAAAACAUUUUGCAAAGCCAUUUUUAGGUGAUAUGAAAUAAGGCCGAAUUACAUUUUUCCUUGUCGGCAAAGCGGUAAUUGUUUUGACCGUAUUCACUUCAGCAAAGUACAGUUAUGUUUAAUAUUGCUGUGUUAUCAUUUAUCCUAGUAAUAAUGUCAAUAAAUUAAAAUAAGGCCUUGGGUUUUUUUCUUUACCUAGUACUCGCAUAUACACAGUGGUUGAAGAGCGCUAUAUGUGGCAUACAAUUGCGGUUUUUUGUAUCUUAGCUUUAUUCCUUUUUUUUAAUAAGAAAAACCGAUUUUAAACGAUUAGGGGCUAACAACAGCUCGGAACAAUCCAGUCCAAAUUUCAUUUGAUUGUAUCUGUAGCGAUAAAAAGCGCGUAAUAUAGUUUGCUUUGCUCGUAAAGGAAGCUAGCGAACUUUUUGGUGGUCAACGAUGCGAGUGCAUAAGUUGUCUUGCUCUCGGUGGGCUACGUAGGUCGAGAACUAUAACAACAUAACACCCCGCUCCUUCAUUGGCAUCCAAAAAAGAACAACUAAUGGAGUUCGGGCUGAGUACAACCAUAGCAAAUUAUUUACAUGUUGUGCAAAUUCGUGGCAUGCGCACACACGAUUCGUGUGUGAAACGUUGUAUACAGUUUUGAUGCCGUUGCAAUUGACACAUCUGACACGAGACAGAUCCUCAUCGUAUCUCUAACAGAAAGGAGACAAAAGUGUUAGAGGAGGUCGAGGAGUUCCGUUUUUUUUUUUGGCAAUUUGAAGGAUAAAUUAAGGAUGCAAAAACGGUAAGUUGUUUAAUCAGAAAUUCAAGCAUAUCGCGAUGCAUAUUUCUAUCUUUAUUUAUAUAUACUAUUAUUAUUAUUAUUUUUUUAACCUUGCCGUUUAAAUUAUUAAUGGUUUGAGAGCUUAUUCGAGGCCCUACCUCGUGUUCGGGAGAGAUUUAGAGCUCAGUUCAGCUUAGUUCGAGCGCGGUAGACUGAAAUUACACUCGUUCACCAGGGGCGUACAUAACUGUAAGCCAGUUAAUAGCCUGUUCCAGGCUUUAAGAUAGUGGGAAAGACGCGAAAGUGAAAGGAUACGCGAGCGUGGACUCCGCUUGCCAUCUUUCUGAGUGACAGGAACAACCCGCCUUGAGAAUGUUGAUAUAGCAACCUGUCGAAUCUGACCAAUCAGAGGGUUUACCAGGAGCUGGAGGCCGUUUAAAGAAAUGAUUAUGAGCUCCGCCCCCCUUCCUCUCCUCAGUUUUGUUUUUUUUUUAUAUUCGCGCUUUCUCGAUUCAGUGGACCCGACUAUCUCGCGGAGCCUGGAACAGGCUAGCCAGUUAAUUUUGGGGGAUCAUUUUUUAUUUUUUCGACUGGCCAAACUGAAAAAAAAGUCAUAAUUUUACUGUGUGUGUUUUCUUUUCCCAAAAAUGUUUGCCGAGAGUGUCAUUGAUGGCAUGCACUGCUCCUCAGCGGCGAUGAGCGAGGAGAAACGUCUGCCGUUCGCAGGCUAGACAGAGCGCUGCCGCACUCGUGCAUUGUAGUUUCAAAUUCAAAGUCUAGGCUAGCCUCCCACGCAGACUUUCUUAGGCUCCCUCCUCCGCAUAGGACUCUUUGUAUCGUAGGGAGGGCUGAAGAGAGGGGAAAAAAUGGGCGCGGGGGACAAUGGGAAGGCGAGGGAGAAGAAGCCUUUUCCCUUUUCCCUUUUCCCAUCGUCCCCCGCGCGCUUUCUAUGUUUCGAUCACCCAGCGGGAGCCACUGCGGAGGAGAGAGCGUUCUUGGGGGUUCGUCAUAAACUUCUGCUGAAUCGAGCAGUAGAAAACGUAGACCAAUCACAGCACACUCCCAGAUCUGGGAAAUUCACUUUCCUUGAGAAAAUUCGCGCGAGACUCGAAAGGUGAAGACCUUAUACUUUUAGAACAGAAGUCGGCUUUACUACAAAACAAUUAACUGCGAAAAGAAUUCUGCCUUUUGUUCAGUUACAACGUACAACCCCUCCGUUGCCUCACCCACAGACCAACUUUAUGAGUAAAUGACACCUACUCCAGCCUUUGCGAAGAGAAAUAUGUCAAACAUACAAAACGCCAACUUUUAUCUCCUAAAUAUUGUUGUCCGGAGCUAAACACUUUGGUCAUGUAAACUCUACCGAGCUUGUACGUAUUUGUUUGGCUUGUCAACACUUUGACUUCAACAGCGCCAAUUGGUUGUCUCCGAUAAUCUGCACGUGAGCUCCAGCUGAUAUUUGCGAACUCAGCAGACGUUCAUGGGACAGGAACGCGUGACGAACCCCCAAGAGCGUUGCGUAAGAGGGAGGCUUCGCAAGGCUGUGCACGUGGCAUAAUAAGACACUGGUUUGACUGGGUUUUACUUUAUAAUUUGCCUCUGUGCAACAGCACAUUUUCUGUCUCAUACAGUUGCCCUGUCAAACAUGCUUCAGGGUUUCGGGGCAAGAACCUGAACCUGAAGCAACAAAGGAAUCUCGGGUUGUGAUCAAUGUGCUGCAAGCUAAGAGAAGUGAGAUGACGUCAUGGUGUGGGCCAAGGUAUUUGAAAUAGCAAAGGAAAUGGCAGCGGAGUGGAAGAUAGGGAGCUUAACCCUUUAAAUCCUAACGCUGCAUAUAUGCGUAAAAAAACUUGACUGGUACAUCAUUAACUAUUUGCUUCUUGUCUUACCUCAGUUACAACCUUUUGGACAUUUAUUCAUAGCACUAAAUGGUAGAUUUUGCAAUUUAAAUUAUGAAAGCAAACAAACCAACUGCAACUCCCAAUUUUCAGUUUAUAUCGUCGUUCGUUUGGCAGUGAAGUCCAGAAAGCCAGUUUUUUGGUCGAAAAUCAUCACAAAAAAUUACACCUUUUCGUCGUCGAUUUGUUAGGCAAAAAAUUGAUUUGAAAAUCGAAAGUCUCCAUUUACAGCAAUUCUCAAGGCCAUACCUUGGUAUCCAGUUGGAAUUUUUUUCUCUCGCUUUUUUCGCAAGCCCUGCUUUGUUGUUUGAAGAUAUCGCCAUUAAAUUUCAAGGCCAUACAAUCAAAACGAAACGAAACAAAUUAUAAUGCUAUCGUAGCUUCACGGCCAAGUCGAUUAGAUCACUUUGCCUGCUUUAAUACGGACAGGCGACCUUCAGUGCUUAGGUCAAAUCUGUUCCACAUCCUUGAGAUGAAAGUAGUCACGGCUUUUAUAGCCUGACAGCAGGUUGACGUGCGGAGAGAAGAAUAGAUGGUCGCCCCAUUUUUAAUGCUGGAUACAGUAUGCUAGCUUCAGUGUAGCUUGUGCUGACGUCUCCUCCGUCAAAAUACUCGCUCGCCCUAAAUAUUAACGUAGCAAUUCAGCUUGCUUACAGGUUGCAACAUUCACUUUCACGGUGUGCAGUGUUUCGAACCGACAUGUAGAUGUGUGUUAAAUAGGAGCAGAAGUUAUUGGUUUCUAUUUGUCAAUUCGUAAAUUAGUUUCGGAAAAACGAAACAUAGUAAUAUCCGGCAUACAGUUUAGCAAGAACUCGGAUGACGGUUCGCUUUAGCCUGUUCCAGGCGUUCCAAUCGUGGGGACGGCGCAGCGCCGACUUAACUAUCCGAACGGCUACUGUAGGUUGGCUUGAGUUCGUGUUACUGUCAUUAUCCCAACGAAACGUGAAGUACUUUGUUGUCAAUCAACUAGCUUCUUGAACCUAGGAGGUGCUGCUUCCCCCAGUCCCGGGGGUAUCGUUACGUGUAUUUUAGGUGGAGGAGUUCCGCCGGAUUCUCCUUGCCCCGAACCUAUUAUUAUUCUAUCUUGAAUGACUGGUUUUCUAAAGCAACAAAUCCAACGCUAUCACACUAAAUGAAAAGUUUGCGACAUUGUAGCUGAACAUGGGCUGAUACAGGCCUAGCGUUACACAGUCCUAUCGCAGCAGUACCGCCCUAAAAACGUUCAAAGAACACCUCCGGAUUGAUUACAUGUGAAGAAAACGCGUGGGUGAAACCUGAAUACGUUAGUGACGCUGGAUUCACAACCGAUGAAGACAAAGCUGUAGGCUUUGGCAAGUGUGUUCACGUACUUUUAAUAUUCUCGGAGCUUGGUGAUUGGAAACAACAACCGACCUUGUAAGUUUUAAUACUCGGUCCGGGUCGAUCGUUUAUGGUUGCGUGAAAGGACCGGCUACAAACCGGUUGAAUCGUUUUGGCUUUGCUCUGCUUUUUGUUCGAGGGUUAACAGCCACUGAAUUUUUCGGCUGCAUAUUUACGAAGCAAUUUCAGAUCAUUUGUAUCUUUUCUAGUGCCUAAAAGAACAAGAUUUACUGAGAAUUCAUCAAGUCAGUGAAACAAAAGGAGUGAGUCAAGAAGAUUUUGUGCGGAUUUGCCCGUCGCUAGUUCACCAGCUUCUGGAGGGUGCCUGCAUUGAAGUUCAAGAGUCUGAGAGCGAAGACGAGGAAAAUACAGGUCCCAAAAUGUUACAAGGUGAGUCACUGCACCUUUGCAGUUGUUAUUUCCUUCCUUAGAGGGUAAGCUAAAUAUGAGGUUAAACCAAAUUGGACGAGUUCCAGUGACCUCAGUCACUGUUCCCGUCACUGUUCCAUGAACUGAUGAUGAAUCCAUCGAAACCCGGCUCUAAUCCGCUUCACAUCCAAAGUGAACUAGUGACGGAUAUUUUAUGUUUCUCUUUUUCUUUCAAGAGCUUGGGUCUUUAUUCCGUCUUUCAUUGUUCAUUCGCACGAUUUAGGAAACUUCUAUCGGCAUUGAUAACCCGAACGGUCCUAGCAGUAGGCUCAAUAGAAAGGUCUCAGUGGGGUUCAGUCUGUAGCAAUACAAUACAAUAGCAAUUGUUUGGUUUGUGACCGUAAAACAACAAAAUACCAACUUAUUGUCUGAUAAAACAGACGCUUUAAUUUAUAGACGAGUUUAUAGAAUUCCACUUUGGAAAUUUGUAUGGGAGAUGUUUUGUAUACAAAUACACAGUCAAAUAAUCAAUUUUAGUUAACUCUAACUUCGUUUUUGGGAGUGCGGUUUUAGAUAGUGCUUGACGUAUUUUUCUACCUUAAAAAUUCUCUUUUGUGCGUUUGUCUUUUGUUAUGUUUUCUUCCUAUGUAGGACUAAUGUGUACUUUGGUAAUAAACUGUUAGCUGUUACUGAGCGGGCCAGUACUUGGUAAAAAAAAAGAAUGGAAGUCUUACGAACAUUGCCUAGAUCAAAAGUGGCAUAAAUGUGCGAUAAAUGAUAACGCUUUCUAGACUAAACCCCUUUUUUGUUGUUUGUCGAAAAAGAGGCCCAAAGAGCUCGUUAAACGGCUCGAAUUGCUUGUUGACUUGAGGUAUAUUAGCCUAUUCACACCCUCACGUCCGUCAUAACAGUUCGCAGCAUGUGUGUCGCAUCAUUGAGCUGAACUGGCGUAAUGGCCACGAUUACGUGACCUGUGAGAACGUCAUGGUCUUGCGGGAGGGAGGGGGGGGAGGAAGUGAUUUCAGUGUGAAAGGGACGGAGGUGUUCGACGGAAAAUUGGAAUUUAAUCCUUGAAUGAGACCGUUUUGGACUUGGCUCAAGUUUUAUUUCAUUGACUUCUAAAUAUAUGACUUUGCAGCAGAUAGUCAAUAUGGGUUCCAAUUCAAAUUUUUUGUUACACUCUUAUGAAAUGAACCAUGUAGACAAGAUAUGUUUGUUUGUUUUCUUAGUCUGGGGAUAUGGUGUCCUGUCAAUCACUGUCAUUAGCCUAACGUCACUGUUAGCAAUAGGAAUCAUUCCGCUGAUGGGUCGAUCAAUUUAUAAAAAGAUCAUGUCAUUUCUUGUGGCUCUGGCUGUAGGCACCUUGUCAGGGGAUGCUCUUCUUCAUCUCAUUCCUCACGUGAGUAAAGAAAGAUAGGAAAAGAGAUUUCGAAAUUUCGAUAAGAAUUAAUGUGCAACUGACUAAGUAAGACUGACUAACUCUUUGACUGACUGAUUGAUUAAGUGAAAUCUGAACAAAUGAAUGAAUUUAUGAAUGAAAGAAAGAACCAAUAAAUGAAUGAAUAAAUAAAUGAACGAACGAACGAAUGAAUAGAUGGAUGGAUUGAUGAAUGAAUGAGUGAAGAAAUGAAGAGAAUAAGAAGAAAAUCGUCAGUACAGUGGAACCCCGCCUUACGACCACCCCGUUUAUAAGACCACCUCUCGUUAUUACGGCCAUAUUCUUUCAAACCAAACGUAAAAACCAUUAAGUCAUUUCAUUAUUUUGAAGACCCCGUUAAUGCGACCACCUCGUUAUUACGACCAGGAUUUUAUGGCCCAACGGUGGUCGCAUUAACGGGGUUCCACAGCUGUAAAACUGCUGUGAUUUUUUAAGGAGAUGAUCCGACACGUUGAUUAGCGCGAAAAAUCGACCAUUAGUGAAGAAUUUUAUAAUCAAAAUGUUCCCAUAUAGUCGAGUCUCCAUACGCGACCAUCUCUCUUGAACGACCAACUUUUCAGGCCUGCGGUCAGAUCACUUCUUUGUGAGUGAUCUCAGCACUUUCUUAUGUAACGGUUGUAUAAUUUGCCUUUGUUUUUAAUCUCUUGUAAGCGACUACCUGUCACGUAAUCUGAUCUCUAUGUUCGAAGUAUGCAGUACGCAACUCAGGUCUUCGUAUACUGACAGAAACUAUUUUAAGUACUAUUUCUUACUUCAAUUUUAGGCAUUUGACUCAAAUCACACUGGUGACUCCGAUGAAAGCGAUGGGCAUAAGAUGAACGUCUAUAAAUCCUGUGUUAUUAUGGCUGGAAUCUAUGUCUUUUUCAUGGUGGAAUGUACAAUGAAAGCUCGCUUAGGAAGAAGAAAACAGACACAACAUAAUGUACAUGUGUGUGACGAUGUUACGACACCAGACGAAAUGGUAGGGUAGCCAUCUUGUUGUUCUGUUUUCUCCAGGGAUAAUUGGUUCCUGCCCAGGUGCCCGUUACUCGAACAUACCGGUAACUUUUCGAGCCCUAAAACUGUUCUAUGUUCUUCGUGUUUGCAUUCAAGAUAUAAUUUGACAAUGAUACAAUGAAACUAUCAGUUAACGAAGCUGACAGUUCAUGUUUUGAUUUUAAAUUUUUCCUUCGGGCCCAAAAGUUACCUGUCCUUUCAAGAAACGGGCCCCCGGAUGGCCAGGAUUAGGGAAAGUGCUGAGGUUUACAAAAGUAGAAAGGUUCAGACAAAUCCGACGCAGAGUGAAAUCAGUAUUCAGCUGACUGACACCCAGAGGAGUGACAAAAGGUUUGCAUUCAAUUUCGUCCCCAGUUUCCUGGGGACGAAAGAGCGAGGAAAGAAGAAAGGUUCUGGGGGAGAUUUUUUUGUUUUUUAAAAAUGACUCCGUUAGGCGCACACCGAAGAGGAGGUCAACGCAUAAAAUCAAACUCUAUUUGGUUUUACAUUAGAACACCGUGAACUCUAACUGACAUUUUAGUUAUUCUUUUAUUUACUCUUGGCAGCAUUUGUAGCGCUUAGGUUAGUGGGACCGAGCAGAUGCCUGAACGAUUAACCAGCGGGGAAAAAUUUAUAUGUUUUUCACUGUUGGAUUUUUCUUGCCGUUUAGUCCAACCCCUGGUCAAAAAAGAAAGCAGGAAUUUCGACAGAAUUGUAUCAGAGUGGAGGAAUUGAAUUCAGAUUCUCUCAGAGCCAUUUGAGCUGAUGUUCCUCUGUCCUUGAUGCAACACAUAACAGGAUUUAUAAGAUAAAUCCAAUUACAAGAUAAAACAAGGAGCUUACUUCUCACGUCAGGCGGAAUAUGCUAUAUAACUGGCGUAGGCUGAGCCUAUGACUCACAGAAACUUGUCCAAGACGAGUAUAAGACCCCCCCUCCCCUCCCCUCAGGGUGUAUUGACUGUACGCCUGAACCUUUAACAGCCUAGACUUUUUAAUGUAUCAUUACAUACGUACACAUUCAAUAAAGUUACACGAAAAGAAGCAUUAGUAUAAAAUCGCGAUGAAACGUUCUAGCUUUAAUUCCUACAUUGCAAGUCGUACUUUUUAAGCGAUUUUUGAUAUAAAAAGGGUCUCAAAGAAUUUUGUGAUAUUUUUAACCAACUCUUUGGAAUAAUGACAUGCGUUUCUGUAGUAAGUUUAAACCAUGUUUAUUUGGCUUAUAUGUGGUGUUAUGAAUGUUUCUUUCUUAUAACAGAGCCUGAAGGAAAAGGAAAAACAUGCCAAGGAGUAUCAAGCAAUGGUUGGUUCCAGACUCGCUGGUAGUCACCGCUGUAUAAGCUAUGAUGAUGCACAUUUUCCAAAAGUAAGCGGUCCUUUGUCUCGGACUUAUAAGCCAUCUUCAUGUGAACUCGUCAUUGUGGAGCCUGCGAAAGAGGUACGCACCAGCAACACGCCAGAGAGCUCCCAAGAAAAAGUGCCCUUGUGGGAACCUAGUUGCCAUGGCCACCAUUGCUACCAGCGAGAUAGUAUGAGUGAAGCAAGCAAGCACAGCUAUAGUGACACAGAACUGAUUUCUGCUUUAUGUGGGAAAUCUUGUAUUCACCCAAACCUUUACAUCAAUGAAAAUUUUGCUGGCAACGCUAGUGAUAGUAGCAGCCAAACCAAUCGUGGUGUUAGUCAAGGUCAUUGUCACCGUGGUCAGGGGUAUAGGUACCAGGUCACCUCUGUAACUACAGACACCAGCACGGAUGAUGCUACAAGUGAAAGUGGAGAUCAACAUUAUGAGGAGAAUCAUAAUCAUCACCACCAUCAUCAUCACCACAGCCAUAAGAUCGACAAAAACACGUCCAUUGCCACUGUAGCGUGGAUGGUGAUUGUUGGUGACGGAUUUCAUAACUUCAGUGAUGGAUUGGCCGUCGGUGCUGCGUUUUCUGCCUCACUGACCAGCGGUCUCACCACUGCUAUAGCCGUGUUUUGCCACGAGUUGCCUCAUGAAUUAGGUGAGAUUUAUUGUCACAGUAAUAAAUUUCUGUCGACUCCUCAUAUCAUGGGUUGAAAACUUGUUCAAAAAAAUUUUCCAGGGAAAAUUGGUCUUUCAUGUAAAUGAACGACUUGAAAUGAUCACGAAAAAGUUUAGGAUGCGACGUCUAUUUUUCUUCAACCGGCGUUUUCGUUGGUGACGCCGUCCUCGGAUUGUAAAACCCUUUAAGCAACCACCACGGCAAAGGAAGAAGUAACAUCACAAAUUAACUAAAUGUAAAUUCUUAGGCACCUAAACCAGUUUAGAAAGAGAAAGUUCGUUUUGUGUUCACGCCCUUCAUGUAAUGAAUUUUCGUGCGCUUUUAGGUGCGACUUCAUAUAGGGUAGGCAAACUUGUGACGAUCUCCUCUCGAUUGGUCGCCGCCAAGUGGCCUUGUUUCGGACCUGCCUGGAUUUCGGUGUGAUUUAUCGGCGAUUUUUGUUUUUGCAAAAGAGUUACCAAAACCCUGCCUUGGCAAAUGAACGUGUACAUCACAAAAAUUCUGCAGUAGCCACUCCCUGACCGGAAGUUGUAGUACUGAAUUAAGAUCGCAAAGAAGUUUUACCAUCAAAGAUCGCAACAAAAUUAACGCGGAAUAUAGCCAGCAUAAUAAAUCGGGCCUCAAUGGACAUUUUAGUGAACCUUCAACUUUGUUAGCAGCUAAGUCAACUAGAUAUAAGAAAAUGUCAAACUAUUCUAUAGGAAAUUUACAAUUGCAGAAAGUGGUGGUCAUGUGAGUGAAAAAUGCGCGCACACGCGAAAAUUGCUUGCAUUGUGUCGUGUCUCCUCCUGGCAGAAAAAUUACUCCUUUCACAGGGCGAUUUCAUUACUGACUCAUGUUGAGCAUAUUUUAAGCCAUUCAGAAAAGUUUAAAGAAUCUAGAACCUGACAUUGUUUUUGAAAUUUCAGGUGAUUUUGCCAUCUUGCUCAAGUCAGGUCUCACAUUUAGACAGGCUGUGGCAUACAACUUUGCAUCGGCCAUCAUCUCCUAUAUUGGUCUAGUGCUGGGAAUUAUCAUUGGUGACAUAGAGUCCGCUCAUUCCUGGGUGUUAGCACUCACAGCUGGAAUGUUUUUGUACAUAUCUCUUGUUGAUAUGGUGAGUCAAGUGCAUUUUCUUAUUAAGACCGAAUCCAUCAGGAAACUGAGUAAUUUUAAUUUUCAGUGGACAAAAACCUUGUACCAGAAUAUUUUAAACCAUAUCGCAUUCUUUUUUACACUUUUCAAGGGUUAUAGAUAUAAUAAGUUAUUUGUAGCCCGAGAAUUAAAAUGAAAUUUCAAAUUUCACAGGAAUUAAGAAAAGACGCGUAAAAUUUCAUUCGUAAGAUCUCAUUUUGUGAAAUUUGAAUCUUUUGAAAUUUGUUUUCUCGGUCUCCCAUAAGAAUUAUUUUUUGGUGUUGUAACACAUCACUAAUUACAUUCUCUAUAGCCUUACACCAAAGUCAGUCUUUAAGGAGUUAGGUCCCCUUUAUUUGUAGAAAAGUUACCCUGGGAAAGAGAGGCACCCUUCCAGCGGUUAUGUGAAAGAAAAGCUGAUCCUUUGCCCGAGAUAGCAGCGCUCGCAUAAGCUCUGAGUGUCUGACAAGGAGCUAAAAUGACCGAGAUGAUGGGGCUUGUUAGUACAAUAAAGAAUUAGUGUCACGUUUACAACAAACGGCAAACAUGAAUUUGUACCACCUGACCUAGUUUUCCCUUAAUUUGUUCUUCCCUGUUCAUUUCUUUUACCCCAAAAACAGUAGCUUAGUAUUAGUUUUGUCUAUAACAAUUGUUUUGGAUUAGCUGCGCGUUUUCUAUUUGAGAAAUUCUCAGCUUGAAUCUGACGUUUGCUGUUUACCGUAUAUGUCACUCUAAAUCUCUCUAAUAUCAACCCAAACUCGCGCUUAUUAAACCUGAAAAUGACCAAGAGCUGAAAACGGGAAGUAUCCUUCUUGCUGUCGAAUUUUUGCUCACCCAAUCUCAUUUUUUUUCUCAUCUUUUACACAGCUUCCCGAGCUGAGCAACUUUUUAGAAGAAGGUGGUGGCUUGUCUGUGGUCUUAUCACAGAACAUAGGAAUACUAACGGGUGUAGCUAUUAUGCUAGUCAUAGCCUUAUAUGAAAGUUAG